CAACUUUCUCUCUAUCAAAGACUAGAGGCAACUCGAAUCAAUAGCUAGACUGCAUCAUACCAUGAAAACCUGGAAUCCACGCCAGAUUAACGCCUGUUGGCGACGAUUGCCUGCACGGGCGCAAAGACCACCACGCCGACCUUUGGCGACGUCAACCAUUUCACAACGCUCAUCAGGACAAUCUUCGAUUUUCCCUAUUCUGGCCACGGCUGUGGCAACCGCAGCAGUGACACUUGCCGCAUCCAAAACAUGGGUUGGUGUAGGUGUGGAUUCUCAACCUGUUUCAAAGUAUGCGGACAUUCCGACCAUGCUUCAGGCUGUUGAAGAAAUCAAACGAAUUAUCGGGGAAGACAAUGUGAGCGUUGAUGAGGACGACAUUGAAACACACGGAUACUCGGAAUGGUCAACGUCCAACACCACUAAUCGACCUGUUGCUGUUGUCCAUCCAGGAAGCACAGAGGACAUAUCCGAGAUUGCAAAGAUCUGUUCAAAGCAUCGCAUCCCAAUGGUUCCAUUUGGCGCUGGAUCGAGUGUGGAGGGUAACUUUUCUGCUCCGCACUCGGGCAUAUGUAUUGAUCUGUCGCGGAUGGAUCGACUGAUUGCCCUGUACGAGGACGACAUGAACGUGACAGUCCAAGCCGGUGCUCGCUGGGUUGAUGUGAACGAGCAGAUAAAAUCGACAGGACUCUUUCUGCCGAUGGAUCCCAGUCCUACGGCGUACGUGGGCGGGAUGGUUGCCACCAACUGCAGUGGCACCAAUGCGAUGCGAUACGGAACGAUGAAGGACUGGGUGGUUAAUCUCACUGUUGUGCUGCCGGAUGGCUCAGUGGUCAAGACAAAAAGACGACCGCGCAAGUCGUCAGCUGGGUAUAAUUUGAACGCACUCUUCACCGGGUCCGAAGGCACGCUGGGGAUAAUCACGGAAGCGACUCUGAAGCUUGCGAUUGUCCCCAGCGAAACUAGUGUGGGGACGGCAACUUUUGCCACCGUGGGGGAUGCAACGGAUGCAGCAUCGAGAUUGAUCCGUGACGGCGUCCCGCUGGCUGCUCUGGAAUUCAUGGACGAAGUGCAGAUGAAGAUCAUUAACCAGAAUGGAGGAGCUGGAGGCAGACGCUGGACGGAGAUGCCGACUCUAUUUCUCAAAUUCUCCGGAACUCGAGCAGGAAUCGACGAAAGCAUCCAACGAACCCGGCAUAUUCUUCGCAGCAACAAAAGCGAUGAACUGCAUUUUGCAUCUUCUCCGGAGGAAGGGAAUAACCUAUGGGCGGCGAGAAAAGAGGCUCUUUGGGCAAUGGUUUCCGUACGGCCAGAAGGCACUGAGAUCUGGUCGACUGACGUGGCUGUGCCGAUUUCACGAUUGGCCGAGAUUGUUGAACUAUCCAAACAGGAAUCUAGUCAGUUAGGUCUUUUUUCUACCGUCCUAGGCCAUGUUGGAGAUGGCAACUUCCACCAGGCUGUCAUGUACAAUCCCAACGACCCUGAGCAAUAUAAAGCCGUCAAAGCAUGUGUCUCCAGAAUGAUGAAGAGAGCACUCGAGAUGGAAGGGACUGUUUCUGGCGAACACGGCAUUGGAAUUGGGAAGAAGGAUUAUCUCGAAGAGGAACUAGGAACUCCAACCAUAGAUUUGAUGAGAACAUUGAAACGGAGCGUUGAUCCUCACUGGCUUAUGAAUCCUGGAAAAGUUUUCGAUGAACAUUCAAAAUAUCAAAGAGGAAAAAAUUGAUGCUUGGUACAGAUAUUUGCUCACAUUAGAUAGAACAGUAAAUAGCAGGGCAAAAUCAGUAGAACUCAUUAACCAGGAGUAAAAUAAUCCGGGCAAUUUCUCCAGACUUCACCUGCUCCUUCCCCGAUACUGUACACUUGACGCGCCAACGUUUGCAGGACUGAUCAGUAUUGAUGGUUUGAAUUUCAU